AUGGAUGAUGCCCGCUCAGCCAUGAACAGCGUUCCCGCCUCCUCCUCCUCCUCGUCGCACCUCUUCGAAAUCCGAAACAUUGCCAACGCCGGGCGAGGCGUCAUCGCCACCACCGCCAUCCCCGCCGGAACCCUCAUCCUCCGAAGCGGACCGCCCGCUUUCCAUGUCAUCUUCAACAUCUACGCGAAAGAGACAUGCGCGUAUUGCUUCGCGUGGGACCGAGGACGGACGUUACCCGUGCGGGAGAAUGCGAUUGGGAAGGUGUUUUGUCGUGAGGAAUGUAGAGCAUUAUGGGUUGAAGAGCAGGGACAGGAGGGCAUGGAGGGGUGGAGGGGUUUGAAGAUGGGGCAUCAUCAUCAUGGGAGGAAGGGGAAUGGCGAUGGGGAUGAGGUGAUGGGGGGUGAUGUUGACGCCGGGGGGAGGCCUGGCGUGGAAGAGGUGGAGAUCGCAUGGCGGGAAGUGGAGAAAUUGGGGGAGGUGCUGAAGAGGAGUCGCUUGUUCGUCGUGGGAGAAGAAGGAGAGGCGAAGAAGAAGAGCGAGAAUAAAGCAUCCAAGAGAUUGCUACGCAGUAUCCUGGAAAGAAUAGCCUCCGGACCGCAAGAUGCGGAUCUCCCAGCCUAUUUCCUCUCCGGCGUAUUAUCCCAGACUCGAAAUCCCGAAAAGUGGGAAACGGAAGUCCUGUCUCUCGCGCAAGAUGCCACUCCCUACAACUCCCCCCGGGACCUCUCGCUCGCCUGCCUCGCCUACCUACGCCUCCUCACGCUGCUCCCGCCCUCCCUCCUCGCGCCCUGCACGCCCACGCUCUGCCGCGCAAUGCCGCAAGCCGACAACCACAACGCCUUCGGCAUCCGCGCCGCCGAGGAGGCGGAGGAAUACAUGGGCUACGGCGUCUACCCCUCGGCGAGCUUCUUCAACCAUUCCUGCGCUCCGAACGUCACCAAGAAGCGAGUGGGGCGGGAGUGGGUUUUUGAGGCCGCGCGGGAUCUCGCCGAGGGGGAGGAGUGUUGUAUUACGUAUCUGGGCGGGGAGGAGAGGGAAUUGGAUGCGGUGGAGAGGCGGCGGAGGUUGAGGGAGGUCUGGGGGUUUGAGUGUGCUUGUGGAAGAUGUAGACGUGAGAGUGAGAGUGAGAAUGUGAAUGAGAAUGUGAAUGAGAUUGAGAUUGAAAAGGGAUGA